UGUAAAAAAAUUUCACUUGCCUCUUUUUAACAAACAAAGAGUAUAAUACUAAGCCCCUUCCUAAAAGCCCCUCACCUCCUCCUCGUCCUCCUCCACCAACACCACCACCCCCAUGCCUCCGCCGCCGCCGCCGCCGCUCCGCCGGGCUACCGCCGCCGCCACCGCCGCGGCGGCGGCGGCGGUUGCGGCGCUCUCGAACCGCGCCUACGCCGAUGGCCCCUUCUCCUUCCUCACCCCCACCCCUUCUCGUCCUCCGACUUCGGCGGCGCCCGCUAAAGCCGGCGCCGAACCCCACGCCUCCGCCGACUCCUCCUCGGGAGGCUUCGACGCCGAGUCCCUCGAGCGCGCGGCGAGCGCGCUGCGGAAGAUCAACAGCUCUCCCCACGCCAAGCAGGUGUUUGAGGUGAUGAGGAAGCAGGAGGAGACGCGGCUCGAAGAAUUGGCAGCGGAGAAGGCGCAGUUUCUCGCCAACCGAGCUCUAGCUGAAAUCGAAACGCAACGUAAACUGGCUGAAGAGCAGAGGAACAUUGUCCAACAACAAGCGCAAGCAAAGGCACAAAUGGCGCGCUAUGAAGAUGAAUUAGCAAGAAAGAGAAUGCAGACAGAACAUGAAGCUCAGAGGCGACAGAACGCAGAACUCGUGAGAAUGCAAGAGGAGUCUGCAGUUAGAAAGGAACAAGCUAGGCGUGCUACUGAGGAACAGAUUCAAGCACAGCAAAGACAAACCGAGAAAGAGAGAGCUGAAAUAGAGCGUGAGACAAUAAGAGUCAAAGCUAUGGCGGAAGCUGAGGGUCGUGCUCAUGAAGCAAAACUGACUGAAGAGCAUAAUAAGAGAAUGCUUUUGGAGCGCAUGCAUGGCGAGAGAGAGAAGUGGAUUGCCGCCAUAAAUGCAACAUUUAACCAUAUAGAAGGUGGUGUUAGGACGUUAAUGACUGAUCGGACUAAGUUAGCAAUGGCUGUUGGGGGAGUUACUGCACUCGCUGCCGGUGUUUACACUACUAGGGAAGGUGCUAGGGUUAUGUGGGGAUACAUCAACAGAAUUCUGGGCCAACCUUCACUGAUUCGCGAGUCCUCAAUGGCCAAGUUUCCAUUUUCGGGCCUGAUUUCGCGGAUCACUAAGAAAUCCUUGGCAUCUAGCUCUGGGGCAGCUUCGGAAAGCGGGAGUAGCUUUGAGAAUAUCAUUCUUCACCCUUCAUUGAAGAGGAGGAUUGAGCAGCUCGCGCGGGCUACGGCGAAUACUAAGUCGCACGAUGCGCCAUUUCGGAACAUGCUGUUCUAUGGACCUCCAGGGACUGGCAAAACCUUGGUGGCAAGGGAGAUGGCUCGCAAGUCGGGCCUGGAUUAUGCGAUGAUGACAGGAGGCGAUGUUGCACCUCUGGGAUCGCAGGCCGUGACCAAGAUUCAUGAUAUAUUUGAUUGGGCUAAGAAAUCCAAAAAUGGCUUGCUGCUCUUCAUUGACGAAGCUGAUGCCUUUUUGUGCGAGCGUAAUAGCACAUACAUGAGCGAGGCCCAGCGGAGCGCUCUCAACGCACUGCUCUUCCGGACCGGUGACCAAUCGCGGGACAUCAUUCUCGUCCUCGCAACAAACCGGCCGGGCGAUCUCGACGCCGCUGUAACCGACCGAAUCGACGAAGUGAUCGAAUUCCCGCUCCCCGGAGAAGAGGAAAGAUUCAAACUCCUCAAACUCUACCUAAACAAAUACAUGUUACAAGAAAAUAACAGCAAUGAAUCCUCACCGCCGUGGAGAUCAUUGUUCAAGAGGCAGCCGCAGAAAAUAGUGGUCAAGGAUAUAAGCGACGAAGUGCUUUUGGAGGCAGCUAAGAAGACCGAGGGCUUUUCGGGGAGAGAGAUUGCGAAGCUGAUGGCGAGUGUGCAAGCGGCGGUGUACGGCCGCCCGGACUGCGUGUUGGAUUCGCAGCUGUUUAGAGAAGUAGUCGAUUAUAAGGUGGCAGAGCAUUACCAGCGCAUCAAACUGUCGAACGAGGGUGCGGGAAAUAUCGCAGCAGAAAAAGAGGAUGCUUCUGCCUCAGGGGGAAGCUGAAGCUUUUUCAGCAACCGGUUUUUGCGAAUGCUUUUUCAUAACCGAUGUUGUUUUAGCUUUGGAGGAGAGUUAGAAUGGUUUUGAAGAGAUUCGGUAGCGUCGAGGGGCCGCUGUUUUUUCGACCAACAGGAGCAGCAUGAAGAGUUGUUCUUGUUUUCUUUUCUAUUCAGUUUUAAAACUGUUAAUUAGAAUUGGAUGGAUGUAAAAGUUGUCCAAUGGUCUUGAUAAAAAUAUUUAAUUCAUGUGAUUUUAUUUUAUUUUAUUUUAUUUUUUG